AUGCUUCGAUACCUCCUGCAGACGCCGAUCUACGGUACAUAUGGUAGAGUCCAGGGGGCCUCUUAUCUCUUCGGAUCGGUGCUGGAAGACAGUCCUAGACUCAGCACCGCCCAAUCCCAAGAAUACACCUUAAGCUUUCUGGACAGAGUCCAUCUGCUGGAGUUCAUUGAGAUGGCCUCAAAUACAUAUCACUCCCACGACCUGGACACUGUGCUGGCCACCUUUGGAUAUGAUGGAGACGGCCUGAGGGCAAAGGUCUUUGGAUACGACGGGAAGAUAGUUGUUGCAUUCAAAGGGACGACCCUCUCUAUAAUGGGACUGGAGAUAGGAAGAACAUCUAGGAAAGAUAAGCUUCUGGACAGGAUUCUGUACUCCAUAUGCAAAGAUAAGGAGUGCGAAGAGGAGAAAAUCAGAGAGUUCGACAGCAUCGGCUACUUCAGCGAUGCCCUGGAAAUACUUGGUGCCAUCAGAAGGAUAUAUCACGAAGGCAGGCUGGUCCUCACUGGACACUCUCUGGGAGGAACGAUCGCAUCUCUGCUUGGAAUCAGGUACAAUCUCCCCGUGGUUGCGUUUUCCUCUCCCGGAGAUGCAUAUGCGGCUAACAUUCUUGGGCUCUACGACCAAGGAAAGUGCUACGACAACAUUAUACACAUAGGAAUGUGCAGCGACGUUGUGUUCAGGGGAGAGUGCACCAAGCUAUACAGCCCAUGUGGCAUUCUUGGAUACAACAUAGAAACAAGAUGCCAUACUGGAAGAUCAUUGUGCAUAAGGGAUGGAGGCUGGGACAGUCUGGUCUAUCACCUUCUGGGCAUGAUGAGGGCCAAGAUCAUGAUGUCCAAGGAGAUAGUACUGAUCGAGAGAAAAGAGGAUAUAAACUGCAUUUACUAG